AAAGUGAAGCUUCUUCAUUCUCUCUGAAGUUUUCAAAGACCAAGACUCAAAACCAGCCAUUCGAUCUUUACGUGUCCACCACUACUCUAUCUAAAAGCCCUCUUUCUUAUUUCAUCUCUUUUGCAUUGUUUAUUCUGCUUCACAUCAAAUAGAAGCAUUACUUGAGUUUGUCAUUUUAUUUUAUUUUAUUUUAUUUUAUUUUAUUAUAUUUGCUUCAGUUUUCACCAGAGAACACGGUUCUUUACUGCUACUCAAUUAAUCUCUCUUCCAAGCUCAAGAUUUUUGGAGUGCUCGUGCGAUAUGAGCGUUCAAGAUUUCUGGGUGGUUAUCUUUGUCAUUGGCUUUUGCUUCCAGCCACCAGUUUUGAGCUCUCAGAACCUGACGUGCCAUCCAAAUGAUUUGAAAGCAUUGGAGGAGUUCAUGGGUGGUCUGCAAACUGUCAUUGGUGGUUGGGCCAAGAAUUUCUCUGAUGAUUGCUGUAAAUGGGCAGGUAUUACUUGCAACUCUUCGUUCUCUCUUGGAUUGGAUGAUUCUGUUGAUACUUAUAGAGUGGUUGAGUUGGAUGUUUCGAGUAGAAAACUAAUUGGGAAUCUCUCUGAAUCUUUGGGAAAUUUGGAACAACUUAGAGCCCUCAAUCUUUCUCACAACUUCCUUAAAAACUCACCUCCUGCCUCACUGUUCCAAUUGCCAAAUUUAGAGUACUUAGACUUGAGUUCUAAUUACUUUUCUGGCCCCAUUCCAGUUGAUAUUAAUUUACCUUCACUUCUGUUCCUUGAUAUCUCUCAAAACUUCUUGAAUGGUUCUAUUCCACAAAGGAUCUGUGCAAGUUCUACUAGGCUUCAGGUACUGAACUUGGCUGUGAACUACUUGUCUGGUACUCUACCACCAAGUCUUGGAAAUUGUAGUUCCUUGGAGGACCUCUGUCUCCUCACGAAUAAUCUCUCUGGUGGUGUACCUGAGGGUAUAUAUCGGCUGCAAAAUCUGACCAGAUUGACCAUUCAAGAUAACAAGCUUUCUGGGCCGCUGAGCAAAGAUGUUGGUAACCUGAUUAACCUUAAUCGUUUGGAUAUCUCAACGAAUUGGUUUUCAGGGUCUAUUCCCGAUGUUUUCCACAGCCUUGGAAGAUUACAGUAUUUUGUUGCUCAUUCCAAUAAUUUCAGUGGUGGGAUACCUCCUUCCUUGUCAAGUUCCCCAACUAUCUCUUUGCUUAAUGUGAGAAACAAUUUAUUGGAGGGUCCAAUUGAUCUAAAUUGUUCAGCAAUGACAAGUUUGGCCUCUCUUGAUCUAGGUUCAAACCAGUUUGAUGGGGAAAUUCCAUCUAAUCUUCCCUCUUGUCCACAUUUGAAUAAUAUAAAUCUUGCCCGGAACAACUUGAGUGGCCAAAUACCUGACAGCUUCAAGGAUUUUCAUACUCUCAAUUACCUCUCACUUUCAAACUCCAGCCAUUCUAAUCUAUCAUCUGCCCUUCAAAUUUUACAGCAGUGUCAGAAUCUAACUACUUUGGUUCUCACCAUGAACUUCUAUGGUGAAGAAUUGCCUGCUGAUCCAAACCUUCAUUUUGCAAAGUUGAAGGUUCUCAUUAUUGCAAACAGUAGGCUCACAGGUUCAUUACCCCAGUGGUUGAGUAAGAGCAGCAGAUUGCAGUUAUUGGAUAUAUCCUGGAACUGCUUGGAAGGUACAGUUCCAGCUUGGUUUGGCAAUUUUACUAAUCUCUUCUACUUGGACAUAUCAAACAAUUCUUUUACUGGGGAUAUCCCGAGAAGCUUAACUGGACUACAGAGCCUCAUUUAUUGGAAUGUUUCCAAGGUUCAGGAACCUUCCCCUGAUUUUCCUCUUUUCCGGAAAAAGAAUGUAAGUGCAAGGGCAUUGCAGUACAAUCAAGUUUGGAGCUUUCCACCGACGCUGGCACUUAGCAACAAUUAUUUGAGCGGACAGAUCUGGCCAGAGUUUGGGAACCUGAAAUCCCUUCAUGUAUUUGAUUUAAAAUUCAACAAUUUAUCUGGAUCAAUUCCAAGUUCUCUUUCUAAUAUGACCAGCUUAGAGGCUCUGGAUUUGUCUCAUAACAAGCUUUCAGGAAUAAUACCCAGUUCACUGACUCGUCUCAGUUUUUUGUCCAAGUUCAGUGUUGCAUACAAUCAAUUAGAGGGGGCGAUUCCUAGUGGAGUUCAAUUUUGGACCUUCCCAAAUUCAAGCUUUGAAGGGAAUAGUCUCUGUGGUGACCUUGCUCCUCCAUGUCCAUCAAAGGUGAAUACUUCUCCCGUUCAAACCAGAAAAUCAAGACUAGAAUUAGGAGGAGUUUAUAUAGGAAUAGCUGUGGGAUUUGUAUUUGGAGUAGCUUGUUUUAUUGUAACAGAUAGAUAUGUAUGGACUUGGCAUUUCUAAUUUCUGUUACCCUAUUCUUCCUUGUGGAAGGGGUUAGGUUAGGUGAUGCUGGCUCUGAAAUACAGUAGUUUCUUUCAUUCUGUAAAAUUGCUGUAGGUUUCUUCUUUUAUGGUUUCUGUUGGAAUUUGUGGCUUUGAUACACUGUUGGAAUUUGGUGCGGAAGUGUUUGGUUGUGAUGGGCUGGGACAAUAAACAUAGGACUCGAGUUUUUGGAGCAAGUGUUUGAGAAAGAA